CCGGAAAGCCGGAAAGAUCAUCCGGCCGUGCGUGGGUGUGUGUGAAGUGUUUUGUGUAUGUAGACUAAAGAUCGGCGUCCGAUUUUUGUUCGCCUAGCUUGUUUGUUGGUUUUGUUUUGGCUGCCGUGUUCCCAGCUCACUAUGUCUAAGAACACGGAGAGCUCGGCUUUCCGUAAAAUCGACAUUGACCAGUACAACGAGGACAACUACAAGGAGGAGGAAGGCUUGGACGCACAAUCACCGCCGGCCGGGCCCGACGAGCAAGAAGUGAAUCAUCUGCUCAACCAGGGAAAAACUGUGGAUGCACUGAAGAUCAUCCUAAAGACGGCUCCCAUAGGCUCCAAAUGUCAAAGUGUAAAGGAUGCAGCCAGCGCCCUGGCCAUGCGUGUCCUGCUGGCAGUGAAGGCGAGUGAGAUGGAGCAGGCGGUCGGCAGUCUGGACCGGGAGUCGGUGGAUGUGCUGAUGAAGUACAUCUACCGUGGCUUUGAGAGCCCCUCGGAGGGCAGCUCAGGCCAUCUGCUGGCUUGGCAUGAAAAGGCUUACGCAGCUGGCGGCAUUGGAUCCAUAGUGCGCGUCAUGACCGACCGCAAGAGAGUCUGAGGAUGACUGCAGCGGACCGUUUUCGCUCCGCCAUGAUGUCCCACUGCUAAAAAUGCGGGGCCUUCAUUCCACUUGAGCCCGCUGGGGUGUCGACGAUGCCAACCAAUCAAUUCAAACUGGGCCAUGGAAACCUUCGUGUGGUUCCUGUGAGCAUGCCGACAUGCAAGGCCCCACGACAAAUGCAAUGAGUGCUGUAAAUAGGCAUGGGUUAUACAUGUACUCCCCUCGAGUAGUAAACACCUGUUUCUGUCCCCGUU